AUGAUAGUAUGGCUUGUCCGCUGUGAUAAUUGUUCUAUCACCGCCGCAUCCUUGCAAGAAACUGGCAACCUCGUGCUGCUUGACCGUAGCUCGGACAGGAUUUGGCAAAGUUUUAACUUCCCAACAGAUACCCUCCUUCCAGGACAAGAACUUCGUGAAAAUACGAGUUUGGUCGCUGGAAAAUACCGGCUUAGCAUGAACAGGCAGGGUAUUGAACUUUACUUCCAAGACUACUUGAAUCAAUCCUACUGGGGCAUCAUCAACAAGCAGCUCAACACCUCAGACUUGACAAUGACUUCCACUCCGAAGUUCACUUUCGGCAUCGAUGGUCAUCUUGCCUUUUUUUAUGCCAACGGAAGCUCCUGGUACCGCUACAAAUUCGACAACGCUCAAAACCGAGGAAGUGCUGUUCGUGUCCACCGGGAUUUCAUGCUGUGGAUUCCAGUGAAUCGGCCGGAUGCGUCCGCAACUUUUCCACUCAGCUGUUCUUCUGGCAACGCUACUUCUUCUGCGAGCAAGAUGGUGGAAGUUCCGAGGGCCAUGUACGUUGGAAAUCUUUUGCAACAACUAUCCAAAGAUCCGAUUUCCCUCGAGCAGUGCAAGGACUCUUGUUUGAAGGAUUGCCGCUGCCUGGGUGCUACGUACAUGCUCGCGGGGACAAAACGGUGUAGUCUUCUUGGUGGUGAAGAUGGAAAACUCUUCAAUGGUGUCCAGGGAAUGGAGCGGACCUCCAUCGCACUUCUCAAAGUUUCGGCACUGGAUCCAUCGACAACUUCUUUCUCCGAGGACGUGUUUGUGACGGUCCUGGAUACCGAUUCCUUGAGAAAUUGGAGUUACUUCUCCGACGCGGGUAUCGCAAUUGGAGAGCUCGCCCUUUUCUUGUGCAUUGCGGCGGCGGCGUGGUUCUGCUGGCGAAGAUCACUUCGUGGAAUGUGGAAGAAAGCCUCCAAGAAUCACCGCGGCCCGACAUGGUUCUCGUACGAGCAGCCGGAAGUUGCCACAAACCAUUUUAGCUGCAAGCUCGGGGCCGGUGGAUUCGGAAGUGUUUACAAGGGUGUUCUUCCGGAUAUGACGGUGCCACGGCGAGAAACACGACCCUUGGAAGGGUUCUCGAUUGCUCUUGGUGUUGCAAAGGGCAUCACGUACUUGCACGAGUGCUACGAUUGCAUCCUCCGCGACAUCAAGCCGCAAAACAUUCUCCUCGACGAGAACUUCUGUCCAAAGGUGUUGGACUUUGGCCUGGCCAAGCUCAUUGACAAAGAGCGGGCUCUCGACGUGACCACCAUCCGAGGAACUCGAGGUUACAUGGCACCCGUGUGGGUCGGUGACCGUCCCAUCACUUCCAAAGUGGACGUCUACAGCUACGGCAUGGUGCUACUGGAGCUGCUCAGUGGCAACGACAAGUCGAGAAUCGGCCAGAACCGCUACUUUCCAGUGUGGGCUUUCCAAAAGUACGUGGCCGGAGAGCGGCUCCAGGCCGGUGGUGAAAAUGCUGGAGCAGCCCGACUUGGAGGUGGCUGUGCCGCCGUUUCCAACGCCAGCGUCGGAGAAAGUGCUGAGCGGGAAUAG